AUGACAGAGGCCAGAAUGCUGCCCCCACCACUGCCUCCAAGACUGGACUGGUUCGUGCAGACUCAGGUGGACCAGCUGACCUGUGGAGGGGUCCCUGAGUGGUUCCAUGGUGCCAUCUCAAGAGAGGAUGCCGAGAACUUGCUGGAGUCACAGCCACUGGGAUCCUUCCUCAUCAGGGUCAGUCACAGCCACGUGGGCUACACGCUCUCUUACAAAGCUCAGAACUCCUGCCACCACUUCAUGGUGAAACUUUUGGACGAUGGGAGCUUCAUCAUCCCUGGGGAAGAGAGAGCCCAUGCCUCUCUCGAUGCCUUGGUCACCUUCCAUCAGCAGCAGCCGUUGCGGCCACACGGGGAUCUGCUGACGCAGCCCAGCCAGCAGAAGGAUCCAGCAAAUGCGGAUUAUAAGGAUCUCUUCCUUUUCUCCAACGCAUUGGCUGAGGAAGCCACCAGCUCUGCUCUUGGCCUCAGCAAACAUCAGAAUCCCUCCUCUUGUCCCAUGGCCCCACUUGAGGAGGCCUUCACAAACCCAGUCCUGCUCCAUCGGCAAAAAGAAAGGAAGCCGUUGGCAGAGCCGGACGGGGCGUCCACGGAGGAAGCUACUUCCUCCUGCCCCCCGAAAUCUCCUCUUGACGAGGCCCGCCAGAAAAUCUGGAGGAAUCUCAAGAUGCUCCCCCGGACGGGCAAGAAGGUCCAGCAGCAGCUGAAAUCCCAGCUGGUGGCUGCGAGCUCAUCGCUCUGGGAUGCCAGGCCAUUGGUGGUGACCCAUAGUUCUGGAGCUGGAGCAGGGGACUCAGCCCGGAAAAUAACAGACCGCCAAGCUCCAAGAAACAGAGAUGAGCCCUCCAGGAAAGCCUCAAGGUCGGCCAGCUGGAGCGAGACAACCUCGAGGGUCAGGGACUGGCACCAGGCAGUAGUGAGGGCCCUGUCCUCACAGGUGUCCAAACCAGAGACAAGGGACUUGAAAGAACCACAGGACUGUCUCCCUGAAGAGUACCGCUUACCACCACCCUUCGCCCCUGGGUACUGCUAG